CACACCCACACCCUAUUGAUAUAUGAUAUAUAUACGUUCAUUAGUUUGUUUAUCCUUUAUGUAGCAGCUCGAGUGACAAUUUUUGAUCCAAUUAUUCACCGAAUUCGGUAUAUGAUCGAUCCUAUCAAUUUUUGGGGUCCAGGUUACCCCGCUUCGACAACAACAACUGAUGAAGAGAAUGAGGAUACUUCAACUGAAGCACUGGCGCCAAAUAGAUUGGUUUAA